AUUAUCUUUGACUCAUUUUUCUUUCACUUAAAAAAGUAAAAUUUUUUGAAUUUUCCAUAGCAUUAUUAUGGAUUUCAAGUAUGACAUAUUGUUGCUACUUUUAGGAAAUGCUGUGGCUAAUUUUGAGGUAGUUUGAAAGGAAGAUAUAAAUAUCAGUGGUCAGAAGUAAAGGCAGUGUGAUUAAUUUUGUCAUUAUUUAGCAUUUAGUUAUAGGUUGCAGCUUUAAAGUUUGGCAUCAUGGAAGAAAAUGGACAAAAAAUUGCAACUGAGGCAAAUGAAGAUAAAACAAUGUCUACCAACCUAAAAUACCUUUCCUUGGGAAUUUUAGUCUUUCAGACUACCAGUUUGGUUCUAACAAUGCGUUAUUCUAGGACUUUAAAAGAGGAGGGACCUCGUUAUCUAUCUUCUACAGCAGUGGUUGUUGCUGAACUUUUGAAAAUAAUGGCCUGCAUUUUAUUAGUCUACAAAGAUAGCAAAUGUAGUCUAAGAGCACUGAAUCGAAUACUACAUGAUGAAAUACUUAAUAAACCUAUGGAAACGCUUAAACUUGCUAUUCCAUCAGGGAUAUAUACUCUUCAGAAUAAUUUACUCUAUGUGGCACUGUCAAAUCUGGAUGCAGCUACGUAUCAGGUUACAUACCAAUUGAAAAUUCUUACAACAGCAUUAUUUUCUGUGUCUAUGCUUAGUAAAAAAUUAGGUGUGUACCAGUGGCUCUCCCUGGUAAUUUUGAUGACAGGAGUUGCUUUUGUACAGUGGCCCUCAGAUUCUCAAGAGCUUGAUUCUAAGGAACUGUCAGCUGGCUCUCAGUUUGUAGGCCUCAUGGCAGUACUCACAGCAUGUUUUUCAAGUGGUUUUGCUGGGGUUUACUUUGAGAAAAUCUUAAAAGAAACCAAACAAUCAGUGUGGAUAAGAAACAUUCAACUUGGUUUCUUUGGGAGUAUAUUUGGAUUAAUGGGUGUGUACAUUUACGAUGGAGAAUUGGUGUCGAAGAAUGGAUUUUUUCAGGGAUAUAACCGACUGACUUGGAUAGUUGUUAUUCUUCAGGCACUUGGAGGCCUUGUAAUAGCUGCUGUUAUUAAAUAUGCAGAUAAUAUUUUAAAAGGAUUUGCAACCUCUUUAUCCAUAAUAUUAUCAACACUGAUAUCCUAUUUUUGGCUACAAGAUUUUGUGCCAACCAGUGUCUUUUUCCUUGGAGCCAUCCUUGUAAUAACAGCUACUUUCCUAUAUGGUUAUGAUCCCAAACCUACAGGCAAUCCUACUAAAGCAUAGUCGUAUACUAUCUUUAACUGGUUUUUCACAAUGGUGCACUAGGAAUCUCAACAUUAAUCUUGCAUAGAGGACUUCUACAGAUUCUAAGAAGAUAUCAUCAUGCUGAAUCUCAUCAUAUUGUUCAAAUGGUUUGAAAAUAUAAAAGUUUAAGGAUAAAAUAUAUGUAUAUGUUAACGAAAUACCUAUUACAUCUAGAUAUCAAAGCUUGAAAGUAUUUCCAGGGAUUAGAAUAAUUAUUGGAGAAAACUUGAAAUCUGAGUUUAAAAAGAUUUUACCUUUUGAUUGCUGCAGAAAUGUUCUAUGCACUCUUUGCAAGAGCACACAACAAAUAUCAGAUACCAAUUUUUGCAAGUUAGAUCUAUUUAACCUUAUUAAAUUUUUUUAUCUUUUUCUGUACAGAAAUAUCAAAUCACAUGGAAUAUUCAAAGUUUGAAAAUUAUAAUUGCCUAUUAAGCUGUGAAUAGAAGUAUGAUUUGAAUAACAUUUUCAUGUAUCUGAGAUUUUUAUAUUUAUACAAAAGAUUACUAAAAGGAUUGCUAAAUGUCAUUUGUUCAACUACAUAAAAUGAUAAGGUUAUAUUCUGGGUCUAAUUUGUGAGAAAAUAAAAUUCAUAUUUAAAUUUAAUGUAGGGAAAUACAUCUAUUUCUCCAUCUACAUUUUAAGAUCUUUUAGUGCUUUGAAACUGCUGAAAGCAAUCCAGUUGCUCCUGUGCUAGAUAGUAGCCAGAUUUUGCACUAAUGGAGUUUUGUCUUUAAUCUCUUAAUUGCAUUUCUUUUCUGUAAAUCAGAUAAAUCCUUAAUAUUUCUUUAAAUUAAGCUUCUGUAUGUGUAAUUUCCAUUAAAGUUUCAAAAUGUAAUUUAAAAGGAUUAAAUACUCAUUUAAUAAUUUAAAAUAAUUAUUGUCUAAUAUCUCCAUUUGGAGAAUUUUGAACUAUCAAAGUAUAUACUGUAUACAACUAGAAUGUUUUUAAAUGAAUAUUUUAGUCAUUGCUCUGUAAAAAAUUUCCCUUAAUCUACAACUGUUAAAAAAAGCAACCAAAAUAAUUAUAGUAUAGAUGUCAAUAAAUUGAGACCAAAAUGACCUUUCUUAGAGACAUUCCAGAUUGCCAUGAUAUUACAUUAUUUUAAGUGGCCCUAAUAAAGCUGUAAACUGAAGGCUGCUGAGAAGGACCUUUUAGGCCUCUCAUAAAUCCACCCUCCCCAGGAAUACUCUGGUCACAUGUCUGGGAGAGGUAGCAAAUUCCGAGUUCCCUUUCUGUGACCCUAUAAAAGCUGCUGGGAAGGAGCCACCACUUUGAUUUAAAAUAGUGGUUUCUUUUCCAUUUUAAUUAGCACUGGAGUUGAAGUUGUAAAUUACAUGAAUUAUUUAAUAAGUUGUUUCAAGAGAGAGAAAAUAUAGCAAAAAUGGUAAGGUGAAUUGGUGGGCAAGAACUUUCUAAAAUUGGGUUAUGGGUUUAAUUUAAUUAUUGACUAUAGGUAGAAUUACAAAUUGUGUAUAAGAAGUAUUUUACUUUAUUUUUUCAUUCAUGCUUUAUAUAUUUUUAAAGUCUCCCAUUCUAAUAAUAUAAAAAUGGUAAAAAAAAUAAAUAUUUUUGUAUAGUUAUGAUGGAUUUUGUUAAAUAGAAUUUGGCUCAAAAAUACCAUGUUACAAACUUUUGGGUACUUUGGCUUAUGGGACUGGCUGUGUUACUUUGCUUAUGCAAACCUAGUCUCUAUAGGACACAGGCCUAAUCUAUUCCAUUCAGAGUUCACAAGUGUUUAAAGUGACAAAAUAGGGACGCCUGGGUGGCUCAGCGGUUGAGCAUCUGCCUUUGGCUCAGGGGGUGAUCCCAGAGUCGCGGGAUCGAGUCCCACAUCGGGCUCCCUGCAUGGAGCCUGCUUCUCUCUCUGCCUGUGUCUCUGCCUCUCUCUCUGUAUGUCUCUCAUGAAUAGAUACAUAAAUAAUAUUUUAAAAAUUAAAAAUUAAAUAAAAUGACAAAAUAUCUUAAAUCAAUUUGCUAGUGAUUACAAGUUGAAACUAACCAAAUUUUCUGGAAGCCUGACCUAUGAUUUUCAGUCACCACCUUUGAGAGUAUUUGUUUAAUAAAUUUACCACAUUACGAGCAUGGUGCUUUUAGAUUGUAACUGCAUUCAGACUUACAUCUUACUGUCUACUGCUGAGUGAAAUCUAAAUCCUGCAAAUGCAAAGAAUUCAAGAGUAAAUACAAAGAUUUAUCUUCGGCCCACAUGGGAGUACUAGUGGGGUACUAAUAUAUAUUAAUUCAAUGUACAUUUAUAACUAAUUGUUAACUCAGGCUUAGUCUGUCCCUUAAAAAAAUGAUAAAAGCAAAUACUGGCUAUCAGACAUGUUAAUUACCAUAAUAUAUUUUCAGGUGUCCAAGAUAACAGAAUUUUCAAGAUUCUCAAUUAAGCUUGUAAAAAUAUAAGCAAGAUUUGUGAGAAAGGACAAAGUGGUCCAAAGCACAUUUUCAAACCAAACUUUUAUUAGACAACUUAAUUUAUAUCUUGCUUUUCUAGAGGGUUUGAAGUUGUUAAAAGAGAUUGGGUUGUGUAGCUUAUAAUUUUUAAUUCAUAGAGAAGGAAUCGUAUUUGAGAAGGUGAGCCUGUUUGUAGACCAUGUCAUUUUAACAGAUAAUGCCAUUUGUGUGUGUGUGUGUGUGUGUGUGUGUGUGUGUGUGUGUGUGUGGUGUUUUGAUGACCUCCAAAAGCCUUAUUGUAUCAAUCUUAAAUAAUGAUGACUUCUUGAUUAUUUAAAUUCUUACUUUUAAAAGUUUACUUGUUAUCUCUCAACUACUUUGUUCAUUAUAAAAAUGUCCUAAUUCAUGGGAGAGGAGUGCCAGUUGAUAGUUCUAAUAAAAAUUAAGAAUAUGGUAUUUGGGAAGAAAAGUUUGAAAUUCAACAUUUAGAUGUUUCAAUACAGUAAAAUCACCAGUUUUUUAAUAAGUGAUUUUAGGGAAGCUGUAGGCUACUUUUAUGGUGGAAAUUGUAGUUUAGAGAUGCAAAACUUAAAUGUUUACAUCAAUUUAUUUUGAAUGUCACAGUUUCAUUGAAGGAAAGGUAGUUUGAUAUUUAAACUAAAUUCUAAGGAGACAGAAUCUGAAAAGAAACCAAUUGACUUCGUGCCCAGUAGAUUCAGUGUAAUACUGAUUAUUAAGAAUUGCUACACUUUUCCUACAUAUCAAAUUACUAGACUUUUAAAAUGUCAUUGUAUUGUCAUUCAACUGAGUUUUGUUUUUAAAAAUGUUUUAUAGCAUCAUUUUAUUUACACUUUCAUUGUUAUAAUAUUUAAUACACAUGGAUGUAUGCUUUACAUAAGAAAAGGUUUAUGAAAGUUAUUUAUGCUAUAUUGAAAGUCAUCUUAAUAAUCUCCCAGUUAUGUAGCAUAUUUAAAAUAAUUACAGGACCAAAGAAAAAGCACCUUUAUCAAAAUCUGGUCCUAUGUGCCUUGCUUUACCAAAUACCUGACUUUUCUGGAGGAUAUUACUGUAAUUCACAACUUUGGACACAUGGGGAAAUUGACAUUUUACGAAUAACUAUAAUUCAAUUUUUUGGAUGUUUCAACAUUUGCUCUUUAAAUCUAUUAUCUAACAAUGUUUAAGUAUAUAAGCAUUAGUAAACAAUACUUAUUUAAAUAAAUUAUGCACCGUUGCUCCAUCACUGAGCUUUUGAAACUUUAACAAAGGUAUAUAGCCUUCAUUUGGUUGUUUUAUUUCUUAUUAUAAGAUAUAAUUUACUGUGAUUUUUAAAAUAUUUUUUUAAUGAUUUGACUUUUGAAUUUAUUCGUAUGUCUCUAUUUCAUUUGUUUGGAAAGAUUUCUUUGAGUUUGGGAAUGUGAUUUGUAUAUUUAAUUUUUUAUGGACAUAAUUUAGAGGAAUGUAUGAAAAAUUGGUCUUUUGUUAAAUGGCUUUUUAAUGGA